AUGACUGAUGAGAAUGUGGAUGUAAAGGAUACUUUGUCUCGUUUAAGAGAAAAACGUAGACGCCUUCAAGAGGAAGAGGAAAGAGAACGCCGUGAUGGAUUGAAUAUAUCGUCGGGAGAUGACGAUAAUUACGACGAAUGCUUUCUAUCAGCUGCUCAGAAAAGGAGGGAAAAGUUAACACGUAGAGCUCUGCUAAAGCAGGUGUUAAUACCGAACACUUCACAAAAGGAAGAUUUUGGAGAGCUGAAACGUAAAAGAGAAGAAGAGCGAAAAGUAGAAGAAUCGAAGAAAAGUUUGUUAGAACGUCACGCAGAACAGAAAGAACACGCUAAUGAUGUUGAUCCUAUGGAGAAGCAGCGUAAAGAAGAGGAAGAUAUCCUCAACAAUGUAACUUCUACUGCUUUGAUGGCAGUUUCUGAAAUUGCCAAAGGUGUUCAAUACAAAAGUUCAUUCCGUACAGGUUGGAAGCCUCCUACUCACAUUCGACAACAGACAGAGCAUGACCAUGAUCAGUUCAGGAAACGACGUGGUAUAUCAGUUGAAGGAGAGAACAUCCCACCACCUAUUGGUAGUUUUCUAGAAAUGAGGUUCCCUCGAGCAAUUGUCAGUGCUUUAAAAGGAAAAAAUAUUAAAACACCAACUGCAAUUCAAGUUCAAGGAAUUCCAGUAGGACUUAGCGGAAGAGAUAUGAUCGGAAUCGCUUCCACAGGUUCCGGUAAAACCCUUACUUUCGUUCUACCACUGGUGAUGUUCUGCUUAGAACAAGAGAAGGCUAUUCCUUUCGAGAGAGGAGAGGGGCCUUAUGGUUUGAUUAUUGUUCCAUCCAGAGAAUUGGCUAAGCAGAUUUAUGACGUUAUCUGUGAUAUCUUCGAAGGUCUGGAAGAGGACCGACUGCCUUCUCUCCGUUGUGGGUUAUGCAUAGGAGGUAUUCCUAUUGGUGAACAAGCACGAGCUUUCAAAGAUGGAGUUCACAUCUGUGUCGCAACUCCAGGACGUCUUUCUGAUAUGUUAACAAAAAAGAUUUUCAACUUACAGAUUUGUAGAUACUUAGUUCUUGAUGAAGCUGAUCGUAUGUUAGACAUGGGUUUCGAAGAUGAAAUCAAGUCCAUUUUCUCAUUUUUCAAAGACCAAAGACAAACACUUCUUUUCUCCGCCACUAUGCCAAAGAAAAUUCAGAAUUUCGCGAAAUCAGCUCUAGUCAGGCCUGUUGUUGUAAACGUGGGAAGAGCAGGAGCAGCUUCUUUGAACGUUCUUCAAGAAAUCGAAUAUGCACGUGGAGAAGAUAAACUGACCAGGAUAUUAGAUUGUCUGCAGAAAACAGCUCCUAAAGUUUUGAUUUUCGCUGAGAAAAAAACUGAUGUCGACAGUAUUUAUGAAUAUCUCCUUGUAAAAGGAGUGGAAGUCGUCGCUUUGCAUGGUGGUAAAGAUCAAAAGGAUCGUCAUGCUGGAGUAGAUGCAUUCAGAAAGGGAGAGAAAGAUGUGUUGGUAGCUACUGAUGUUGCUUCUAAAGGUCUCGAUUUCCAAGGAAUUGAACAUGUAAUUAACUAUGAUAUGCCGGAAGAUAUUGAAAACUACGUUCACAGAAUCGGUCGUACUGGUAGAAGUGGAAGACGAGGUGUUGCAACGACAUUCGUCAACCGUAAAUCUGAUCUCUCUGUUCUGCAAGACUUGAAGCAGCUUCUCGUGGAAGCCGGUCAAGAAUUACCAGCCUUCUUACGAGAAAUGGCCGGCGAUAGUGAUGAUAUCAAGGAAACUACGAGUUCUGGAGAUGUGGGAUGUGCCUAUUGUUCUGGAUUGGGUCAUAGAAUUACGAAUUGUCCUAAAUUGGCAGGAAUUCAAAAUAAGGCUGUCCAAACUUUGGUUCGGGCUGGUGCCGACGAUGGAAACUAUUGA